AUGCCUGCAAGUUCCGACACCAAUUGGGACAAGAAGGCCCAAUCGGUCACACAACCAGAAACCCUGAGACUGACGAGCUACUCUGGUGUGUUCAGCGAGAGCGAGGAUUAUCUAAACGGGAUCCUCGCGCCGCUGGCGACCUUGGAGCACAGUCGGGCCAGCUCGAGUCAAAAGCAGGUUCAGCUGGGCGCGCGGCUACUGCUGACCUUGUUUGAGAGUCUGUCGCUUUAUGAGACUGUCGCAGACAAUCGUUUAGACAUUUCACCAGAAGGUUGUGUUGUCGGCCAACAGCUCGUCCGAAUGAUCUUUGCAGCCUUGAAAGAUGCCCACAGAAUCCUGGCAAAUGCCCAGGAUGCAAAAGAGCGUUACUAUGAGAGCCUACUAGGGUGGUCCCAGAAACUAUUUGACGAGCGCUCGCAGCUGAUUGAGGUUGGUCCGUCGACGACACCCGAGGGAUAUCUUCGUUGUGUCUCCAAUCGAUGGGAAGGCAUCGGGUUGGUCUUCUCCGUUGUGGGCCAAGGUGCAAUGCUGGAGAGAGACUGGAAAUCUGUAUCUCAGUUAGCAGGUGCUGCACCAGCCGAUCAAAGAUCACUGGGGGUGCUUGCGGCCACUGCCAGCGAUGCUUGUCUCCAAUUUUGCGAUGACUCAGGUGUAGUCCAUGAUCCGCUGGGCUGGCUGCUGUAUCAGCAUACCCAUCUGCUGGCUUUGGUCUAUGGUGACAAUGGCAAAGAUUACCAACCAUGGCGAAAAUUGGCCCAAUUGUCCACUGUGGUAUUUACCCUCGGGCUCAACCAAUCCACACUCAACACGCGCAUGCCCUUCUUUCUGGCCGAGCUCCGUAAACGCUUGAUGGCGGGCGCCUAUAUCAUGGAUAAGCAGCUGGCCACUUUCCUGGGACGACCGCCUCAGAUCAGCUGGAGAUACUGCGAUGUGCAGCUUCCUCUGGACCUGCGUUACGACGAGAUCCUUGCCGACCCGGUUACUCGAGAUGCCGCCAUCAACAGACUGGAUGCGAAUGGUUGGAACAGUCAAGGCGUCAUUCAAACGGCUCAGUUGCUGCGGAUUGCUCUUCUGGUCAGCUCAAUUAGAGAGCAAAUCCUCGAAUUGUCGCUGAGCCGCUGUGUGGAUGACCUUGCACGAAAAGCCAAGCAAGUGUCUGAAAACUCCCGCAGAACGUGGGACGAACUCCCCAGUUUCCUUCGCUGGCGUUCUGGCAGUGCUACCGACGACAGCGGCAGUCUCAUUCCUCUCUAUCUUGACUUCCUCUACAAUGAUUUUCUUCUCUACCGGCUGCAUUUCAGGUGCUCCCAGAACGAAUCGGACACCUUAAUCAAUGUCUCACAGAAUAUACUCGGCACGGCUCUUCAGCUCAUCGGGAGGGAGAUUGCAUCGGGAACUGGCACAUACAACAUAGGACAGAACGUGUCUUCAUUCGGCAUCCCGGCCGCCGGCGUCCUAGCCAUCGAGCUGCUGUGCCAAAGUGAUGGAUCAUCACUGGCCCCUCCGUCGACUUUCCGACGGCCAGAAACCAUCCAGAACCUGAGCGUCUUUGCAUCCUACCUCCAAUACGUCGUUCUACCGCAUGAGGGAAAUUACGACAUCUGCCAGCGUGCGCGCCGUGUCCUGUGCCGUAUCCUCAACCAGGCCUUAUCGGUCAAUCCGCCGCCGUUGCCCGCUAGUUUACCUGCUGAUGCGGUAGGGGCGGAUUGGUUGAAUGGGGAGUCAAUCUUGCUCGAUGAUGGGACGAAUCUCCUGGAGUGGAUCGAGAGUCGACUUGAUUAG